AUGCGAGUUUCUGUGGCCUUUGCCUCUUUGCUAGCCACAGGUGCGCAGGCGCAGCAAUUGUUCAUUACAACAACCGGCUACUCUGACCGUCCGCAAUGUACACUGCCGGCUACCUCGCCCCAGUAUUCGUUUCGACCAUUCUUCUUUGCCUUGAAUGAAACCGUCCGGUAUGCGACUUCAGUCCCCACUCCGACUUCAACUCGAACAUAUGCACCGCCAUAUUCUGAGGCCGUCAAGCACCUUGUCACAAGCCCGGUGACUACGACAUGGGGUAGCUAUCUACCUGAUCACACUGUGAUCACAGCCACAGACACAGACGACCCAUAUGGACAAGCAGCAUGGUCUUCCCUCUGGCAAAACGUCAAACUCGAGAACUACACAACUACCGGACUAUAUUCAACUACCAUUAGCCCAACACCGGUUCCUAGCAGUGAGUUGGUCCUGCCGCCAAGAGACUAUUUUGGGCCAACAGAUUGCUACAAUUUCCCCGACGACUUCAUCUUUGGAGUUGCAGGAAGCGCUGCUCAAGUGGAAGGUGCAGUGGCCCUAGAGGGCCGAGGACCUAGCAUUCAGGAAAAGCUAGUGAACUCCACUAAGCCCAAAAACUACGUGACAGCUGAGAAUUACUUCUUGUACAAACAAGAUAUUCAACGCCUAUCUGCUAUGGGAGUCAAAUACUACAGCUUUUCGAUUCCGUGGACGCGAAUUCUGCCUUUCGCACUACCCGGGACUCCUGUGAACCAGGAGGGUAUCAAGCAUUACGAUGAUCUGAUCAACACGGUUCUUGAUGCCGGAAUGCAGCCGAUAGUGACCCUGCUUCACUUCGACACCCCGUGGUUGUUCGUGUCCAGUGACGACAACUUUACGGCCAAGCCCGACAUUGGUUAUUACAACGGAGGUUAUCACAACGAGACCUUUGUGGAUGCCUACGUCAACUACGCUAAGAUUGUCUUAUCCCACUUUGCCGAUCGAGUGCCGAUUUGGGUCAGUUUCAACGAGCCUUUCCUCUACUCGUUUGAUUUUGCUGGAGCCAAUAACGUUGUACAUGCGCACGCGCAAGUGUACCGUUUCUACCAUGACGAACUGAAAGCGACUGGAAAGUUGGGCAUCAAGUUCAAUGAUAACUUUGGCGUUCCUCGCGAUCCCAGAAAUUCAAGCGACAUCCACGCCGCGAACCGGUUCCAAGAGAUCCAGCUAGGCCUUUUCGCUAACCCCAUCUUCCUUGGGCAGCAAUACCCGGAUUCGGUCCUGACAAGCUUACCUGGUGCCAGGCGCCUCAGCAACGAGGAGCUGUCUUAUAUAGGCAACUCAUCCGACUUCUUCGGGAUUGACCCGUACACUGCGACAGUGGUAUCUCAACCAGCUGAGGGAAUAGAUGCUUGCGCUGCCAACUCCUCGGCAGAUAAUUCCUUGUGGCCUUUCUGUGUUGUGCAGGAGACAGAGAACGUGUAUGGUUGGAAUAUCGGGUAUCGCGGUCAGAGUUAUGUCUAUAUAACCCCAACGUAUCUACGGGAGUACCUGAACUAUCUUUGGAACACCUUCCGUCAGCCUGUGUUUGUGUCUGAAUUUGGGCUCCCGGUAUUCGGCGAAGCGGCCAAGGACCUUCCAGACCAACGAUUCGACACCCCGCGCAGCUCCUACUAUCUUUCGUUCAUGUCGGAAAUUCUGAAGGCCAUUCACAAGGACGGGGUUCAUGUGAUGGGCGCCUUAGCUUGGUCCUGGGUUGAUAAUUGGGAAUUUGGCGACAAUACACAACAGUUCGGGAUGCAGGUUGUGAAUAAGACGACCCAGCAGCGCUUUUACAAGAAAAGCUUCUUUGACGUGGUUGACUUUGUAAGUGCUCGACUGCAGUCUUCUUGA